AUGUCCAACGUCGAGACAUCCCAAUUCGCCAACGCAGACACCUUCGAGGAACCUGCGAAAGAGCGGGCUGGCUCGCGGGACUACUCGGACACGGCCGAAUGGGACGCAUCCAAGACCCUCCCCUCCCGCUUCCAGAAGCGCAAGGGCUCCAUCUACGCCACACCUUCCAGCCGCGACGGCCACGUGGAGCGCAACCGCGACGCGGUCGAGGAGUUCCACAAGGCGCACAGCAAGCGCUGGUCCAUCAGCAGCAAGGGCAGCAGCAACGCGUCGGCCGAACAGCAGUCUCCGGAAAAAGGACAGCGACAGCAGAGCCAGAGCGAGCAGGGCAGCGGCGGCCAGUCUAGACGGAAGUCGAACGUCUAG